UUAAGAUGUUCCGGCCAGUGCAUCAAAAAAUCGUUCUUAUUAUACUUGUCAAAUUAGCUAUAACGGGCACUACUAUUCCACGCCGAACCCCGAACCCACGCUACCGUCCGCCAAAACCGCGCUUCGAAGUGUUCCAGCCGAAGGGGCUAAUAGUAUGGAUUCCCGCCGAGUCCGGUAUCACGUCGUUUUCGUUCUACGGAAAACUAAACCAACCCUUCGAAGAUGAAUAUGAACUCGGUCGGUGGACACAGUCCAUUACCCGACCAAAGGACGGUCGCUUCAUGUUUGUGGACCGGAAGAUCGAACUAAAACCAGGGGAUACGAUCUACUACAGAACAGUUAUUACGCACAAUGAUGUGACGUAUCGUGGGAAUCACGGAGUUCAUGAGAUCAGCAAGUACAGUGGCACGACUCCGGGAGGAAGUGGGGGUGGGGGAAGAAAAACUACGUCAACGACGACCACAUUGCCUCCGUUUGUGUACAAAAAUAACGAACGAAGGACCAAGGGCGUAGAUCCGGAUACGUACGUGCCAUUGGGACCGUUUGACUAUGAAUCGAAGGAAUCACCGCAGCCGCACAUUCGUACUAGAACAAUUACAACCCAGACUAGCGCGGAGGAAUUAGGGUACAAAGAGUGCGAUAAAGCUCAAACCCAAGUCAACGGUAGGAAAGUAUGCAGUGGGAAAUUAAUUUUUGAAGAGACUUUCGACACAGCCGAGCUCAACGGACAAAAGUGGCGAAUCGAAAAUCGUUUCGCGUCGGAUCCGGACAACGAGUUCGUGGUAUACGCAGAUUUCAAGGAGAACAUUCAAUUGCGCAACGGGAAGUUGCUGAUCAAACCAACGCUUUUUGAGAGCAAGUUUGGUCCAGGAUCGACAAACACAAAGUUUAUGUUCGCUGCGGAAUGCACCGGAGUGCAGAACUCACGUGAUUGCAUACGGGAUCGGAAAAUUGAUUUUGAUAUGAUUCCACCAGCGCUCUCGGCACAGAUUUCCACCUACAAUUCAUUCAAGUUUAUGUAUGGUAAAAUUUUAAUCCGAGCUAAGUUACCCAAAGGGGAUUGGAUAUUUCCACAACUAUACCUCCGACCAAGAAACGAAUUCUAUGGUCGCGACGAAUACGCUUCUGGGCUGAUGCGAGUGGCUUUUGUUCCCGGUGGGCCAAGACUGCGCAAUCAACUGUCCGGUGGAUUGAUGCUGAACAAUGCCGAACCACUUCGCUGCUCGAAAAUGUGCACACUGACAAGGCCUCGUAAUUGGAGCGACGAUUUUCAAGAGUAUGGCCUGACGUGGACCCCCCAGGGAAUCUACAUGGAAGUGAACAAAGAAGUCUAUUGCCACAUUGACCCGGAGGAUGGGUUCUAUCAGGAGAUGAGGGCCUUGAAACCUCAGAUAGCUAACCUGUGGAAACUGAGCGGAGACAAAAUGGCUCCUUUCGAUAAAGAAUUCUAUAUCAGUUUGGGCGUGGGUGUCGGGGGUCACUACGACUUUCAUCUGUUCCAGGAAAAACCGUGGAAAGAUCUUUCCGUUAAGGCGAUGCAUUCGUUUUGGAGUGCACGAGGCAACUGGUAUCCGACGUGGAACACGAAUAGCACGCUUCAAGUGGACUACAUUAGAGUGUAUGCAAUUUAGAUUAGUUGGCAAAGAGAAUAUACGAUACAGUCAGGUCUAGUACUACAAGGAUUUCGUCUUAGCGAUCUUUCUUGUUAUCAAUAGUUUAUGAGAUUUUGAUAUAUAAGAACUGUGGCCAAUAAUUUCAGAAUGGCCAACAUUUUGUGCAUGAUUGGGCUUACAAGUUAGUGACAUUGUUAGUUUUUUUAUAUUUAUUAUUUUUAUAUUUUUUUAAUUGAAAGAAAGAAAUACUGUAUAUGUGAUAUUGUUUGCAUCAU